AUGGAAUCAUUUAUGAAUCAACAGACCCAGCAAACAACAGACAUAAUGACAGCAAUUGAAAGCUUGAAGACCAAGCAAUCCGCACUUGAGGAAGCGUUGUUGUCCCAAAGACAAAAUAUGUUAAACAAACAGGUGAUAGAGGAAGAAAGUGUAGAUGGCGAUCACGAAGGGGAAUGGUUUAGUGAUCCACAAGAACAAGGCCGAGGAAGGGGUAGAGGUGCUAUUUUCGGCAACCAACCGAACACCAAAGGACUAGGCCUCUUGGGGGUGGUCGGUAGAGAACCACAACCGUUCAAGCAUAACUGGGGGUACAACAAGUUUGAAGGGAGUAAUUGGGGGCACAACAAGUUUGAAGGGACCAUCCGUCGGGAACCAGAUCCAUCAAGGAUGUUCGAGGUUCAUGAUAAUACAGGAUACAAGGACAACCGGGAGGAGAUAGGGUACCGGGGUAAUAGGGUACCAAGGUUUCCAAAGAUGGAGUUUCCUAUAUAUGAGGGUAAAACUGACCCGAUAGAGUGGAUUCAAAAGUGUGAGGAUUUCAUUGAAGAACAACAAAUCCCUAUUGAUGCUUGGGUUAGGCAGGCAACAUUUGCUCUUCAGGGACGUGCCAACAGUUGGUAUCACAACCUCAGGAGAAUGAGAGACAGAUUGUAUUGGUAUGAGUUUUUAGAAGAGUGUAAAAUACGGUUCUGUGCACCUAUGAGCAUGAACCCACUAGGUGAGUUAACUUGCUUAAACUAG